AUGUCGAACGUCAUGUGGAGGCUAAUCUCCUCCAACGAGGCGAAGGCGAAGAGUCCCUGGGCCCGGCCCACUAUCUCCGAGCCCAGGCUUGGGCCCGUUCUCACCGGAUCGUCGAUCACCGCAACAAGCCCGAAAAGGGUCGGGGAAGCGAAAGUGGUGUUGGCCCGGGCCACGGCUAUAUUAGUCGGGCUUGGGCCGGUCAAUAUGUCUUGGACGUACACUUGUAAACGUGUGACUUUCUCUCUCCCGUGGAAAGCGCGUCGGGACCAUUUUUUGGCGGGAAUACUAUGGGCUUGGCCCAAGAGAGCUAUAGAGAGGAGGAUAUAUAUACAUAUUUUCAUGUCUUUCUACGAAGCAUUGAUACCAAUACGAGACACGGGUACCGUACAAAAAACGCGCAAGCAUGAUCCAUGA